UCGUAACAAAUCCAAGAUGGAAGACAUCAAAUGACAUUUCCACAAUUUUCUACCAGAUAAUCAAUACUUCUGCUUUAACUAGAAAUUUCUAUUCUUGAAUGAUGAACAGGCAUCAGGUUUUAACUGGUGCCUGUAAUUAUGGCGAGAAAUGUCAUGCAGUUGGCAGCGUAGAAGGCAUUCAUUUCACUGUGUAUGCUGCUGGGUGUGACAUUGUGAUUUUAGCAAGUGACCUUCAGAGGGUACAGAUAAUUCCAGGGGUGACCCAUGGUAAUGUGAAGGUCAGUUGUAUAGAUGCUUCCACUGACUCUGGAAAGAUUGUAGCAUCCUAUUUACAGAAGGUGUAUAUAUUUGAACCAGCGCCCCUUUUACACCAUGAUAGUACCCAUAAAUUGGAUUAUCACUGGUACCAGACUGCUGUGUUUGAGGCAGACUGUGUUGUACAGUGUCUCACAUGGAAUUUAGAAGGAAGUAAACUGCUGACAGGUGGUGAAGUGAUACAGCUGUGGUCUGUGUCACAAGAUGUGCAUGAGGACAGCCAUCAAAAGAAGAGUGUCAAGUUUUCACUUGGACACGGUGAGCUAGGGCACGGACAUGAAGAAACUGUUCAACCUGAACAUGAAGUAGAAACUGUGUGGGAAAACAUCUGGAAAUGCAAACCAGCCACUCCAGUUCAUCAUUUACAGUUUUCACCAGAUGGACUUUUGUUCGCCUCAGUAGGAACGCAUGACCGGUUAGUAAAGAUCUGGUAUGAAGACAGAAAAAUACAACUUCCUCUGUCUCAUGCAGACAGUAUUGUCAGUCCAAAAUCAGAGAAGUUAAACUUCUCCUUCAUUUACAUCGCACAUCCAAGAGCUGUUAAUGGGUUGUCAUGGAGAAAGACGAGCAAGUAUAUGCCAAGAGGAUCUGUUGCUAAUAUGUUGAUAACAUCGUGUAAAGAUAAUGUAUGUCGUGUAUGGUCAGAAACGAUUCUUCCGGACGAUGGGCUCGUUGACCUGGAACAGUUUGAGCCCAAUUCUUCAUUUGACCCCAAAUUUCACAUGCAGAGGCACAAAAAGAGGUUCAUGCAGAGAUUGAAAACUAUCAGGAUUCACAUGCACCAAUACGAGAGACAUGCCAUUCAUAAGAGGCGGAAACAUACAAAAUUAGGUCCAGAGAUGGUAAUGAGUAUGCCAAGUUUGAGUAGCGUCAAUAGUGCACAUGACUUCCACAAGUUCCACAUAUACCAGAAUGGAGUUGUUCCUGCUGUCCACUUCCAUUUAGCAGCCAGUAUUAACCCCGAGACAGAUAUUCCAUUACUACCUGUGGUGAGCCAUAAAGGUGUGGAACACAAUUUUCAACUACACUGGUUAAACAAUAAGGAGCUACAGUUUACGAUGGAGUCUGAGAAAAUUUUGCAAGAGAUGCACAAACACGGCAUAUACGAAGAUCCGGAGAGUGAUCCUCAUACCCAUAUGGGAAGUCAUACAGACUCAGACAGUGAUGGUGAUCAUGAGGAACCAGAUGAAAAUGGUGUUUGGCAGAAGAAGAGAAGAACUAUGUUUAAAAACAGCAAAACUAAAGGAUCCGGCAAAGAUCUACAUGGUUUAGGAUACCAUACAGGAACUAGCUCCAGUUUAGGAUCAGAUAUGUCAGACCCCAUGUCUAGCCCAGAGUCACAUAGUUCCCUACUUGACAGUAUAGACAGGAAAAUAGAAGGUUUAUUAAAGGACUGGCACACAAAUGCAGAUAUGUUGUUUAGUAUCCACCCUGUGGAUGGUAGUUUUCUUGUGUGGCAUAUUGAUUGGUUGGAUGAGUAUACACCAUUCUCAUUUCGGCAAGCCCAAAUUAGCUUCUCGUCUCGGCUCCCACGAGCUUUCCCAAUUCCUGACGCAAGAUCAAUGGAAAGUACUCCGCUUAUGUACUGCAACUACAGCAAAAUGGACAUCAAGUCUGCCAUGAAAAUAUCAGAGGGAGAUAAAAUUGACUUAAAAUUUAAACAGUCGUCUGCUGCGACUGGGAAGUCAUCUCCUGGUCAGAAUGACAAUAUGUUGAUUCCAAAUGUGUUAAUGAUCUCAAAACAUUCCAAUGGCUCCCUAAACCAAUGGCAAAUCAGUUUUGCAGAAGAGUCGAAGUUUAAAACAGUAGUAAGUGUCGCACAUGUAUCGCGAGCAUGUGGACACAGAUUUAGGACAAAUACCGCAACAUGUCACCCAGCCCUUCCACUCUUAAUUACAACCUCGCAACAUAGCAUUCCAAAAUCAGCAGCUGAUAACAGCAGUCUAGAUAUAGAGGAUGACGACAUUGAUGAAAAUGAUGCAAGAAAAACGGGAUUUGUUUACUGCAGUGAACUUAUUCUCUGGAGAGUAGAUCCUGUGGGACCGCUAUCAAAGUCUGGUGGUAUUGUAGAACUAGCAAAGAUUAAUUCAACAAAACGAUCAGCUUUCUGCAAUGUUGCUUGGGUUCCAACAUUACUACCAAGCACUAUCCUUGGAGCAUACAGCAACUCUCCGAGCACUUUGUUUGUAGCCUCAGACGGUGACUGUUUGAAACUGUACCAAGCAGUUAUAGAUGCUAGAUCACUUCUUACUGAAGUUAACUCAAGAAAAGAGUUUAUGAGUUUCUGUAGCACAACAAGUUCAGGAUACAGCUAUGAGGUACAGGAACCCCCGUCAGAAUUGUUCAAUGUUGUCAGCGUCCAGUCCUCAGCACGUCCAGGCUGUAUUAUAGAACUUGAUGCUUUCACUCAUACUCAGCAGAUGUGGCAAUGUACACAACUACUGCACGUGUUUCAAGAGCCCCUUGUGACUGGAAAAAGCAGUAUCAGGGGAGAUAACAAUAUUGACCCAAUAGUUGACUUGCGCAAUACCGGCUCAUUUGAGGAAAACUUCUUUCUUGUUGGGCUUGAGAAGUCGUUGGAAGGCUUGUCAACACUUCACAUGUGGAAGAUGACGAUUUCUUCAGCGCAAGUCGGAUCGGCUAUAUCUGACAAUAUUGGAGACAAGACAUACAUGAUGGACUAUACAAUAGUCAGUGAGGACGGCUCAAAUCCUCCUUCACGUAGCGGUACGCCGGAAAUUCCAAACCCAAAACCUGCAACUGCUAAACUUCUUGUCUCCACUACAAAGGUAACAUGUCAAAAAUUACCUCUACCAGAUGGGGUUGAGGUGAAAUGUGCUAAUGUAUCGGCUGGUCAUCUUAGCUCCGCCUCCAUCUACCCAGCAUGCCUUGCUCCAUAUCUUCUAGUCACAGCAUGCUCUGAUGGAAGCAUCAAAUUUUGGAAGUGCAAUACGAGUUCUGUGAUAAGUGGUCUAGUCAGUAUAGGUGGUGUUGGGUCAGCUAGUGUGUUAUCCAUGAAGAGUUUUGAGUUUGGUGUAGAGGAGGAGGAUGGCGUCCGCAAACAGAGAAGAAAAUCAUGUGUGGUGAAUGUUAACCAGGAUAUGACAUACAACUGGGUUCCCUGGAGUCCAGUGUACAGGGAGGAUAAGUCAAGUGAUAUACACAUUCAAGGGAAGCCAUUGACAGUGAGUUGUGCAUACACAGGGAGAGUGGCAGUAGCUUACAGAAGUACUGGACAUAAACACCAUGGCACAGCACCUAACAGUCGCUUCUUCAACCUGUGUGUUGUGAUAUAUGAGUGUGAAUCAACUGGUGGUUCACAGUGGAUAAAGGAAGACACAAUAGAACUUCGUAACAUUCGAAUACCGGAGAGUCAUGUCGAGGUUGACCUUGACCUUAGUCCAGAUGCCAGUCUGUCACACAGUGACACAGAAAGUGUGAAUCAGACACUUCCACUGGCCUCCAGCUUCAUCAAUAUGUGUCGCACAAAGUCCGUGCCAAGCUUGAGUGCCCUGUAUUGUGCCAGGAAAGAGCAGGACGACCAUGAAGAUAAGCUGGACAUAAUGAGACAGAAACAUUUGGUGCAACUAGACUGGGUCUCUACAGAGGAUGGUUCUCACAUACUUACAGUCGGGGUCGGCUCUAAGAUCAUGAUGUAUGCUCAAGUCUCAAACGAUAUUGUACAGGAGUCUAAAAAGGACAACCUUGAAGAUAAAUCCAGUGUAGGUACAACUUCAAUGAAUGAACCAGGAGUAAAGAUGAGCCUUUCAGAUAGGAGUAGUGGACGGAGGGCAAUGUUGCAGAAAUCUAAAUCAAUGGUUGUGGAUGAUUACCAAGAGGUGUUGCAGUGGAUGAAAUUGCGUAGUAUUGAUUUAACAACUGCUGAUGGAUUACCUCCCUUGCCAAUGCAUAUAUCAUGGGUUCGUGGUGGAAUCUUAGUUGUUGGUAUGGACAAUGAAAUGCAUGUGUACUCCCAGUGGCGAUGGUCGCAAGGAGCAGAUGACACUGGCUUAGACACUGCAGAUAGUUUUGAUAUUAGAAAUUUCGAAGACAGAAACUUUUCAACAGUUGAUCUACAUAAAGAAGCAAUGAUACAGAGUAAGAAAAGUCUUCCAUCUAUAAGAUCAUCUCUCUCAGUGCCAAACUUUAAAAGAUUUGCAUCAAAUGUGUUCAAGAAGGAGUCCAUGAAAAGUAGUCCUAAUAUGCGCAAAAAGACCAGUAAAGGUAAUUUAGAACGUAGUGAAAGUAGCAUGAGUUUGACUGUCAUUCACGAGUUUGGACUUUUUGAGGCAGCCCAUCAGGCCAACCCUGUUCUGCCACAGUAUCACCCUAAAUCUUUGAUGGAGUUGCUAAACUUCGGUAAAGUGAGACGUGUGAAAGCUAUUCUAGCCCAUCUGGUUCGCUGCAUUGCUGGUCGUGAAGCCACAAAUACGGCACAGGUCAAUGAAAUGAAUGUAGAUGAUGCAAAGCUCUAUAGACAAAGGACGGUGUCAAUGUCGCAAAGCCCAGGUGAAACACCUGUAUUAAAUGGAGAAGUUACUCUGGACUAUGUUGAGAUUACGUCAAUUCCACUACUACCUUUAUAUGCUCUCCUGGCUGCUGAUAAUGACUCCAGUCAGGCAACAGCAGACAUUUCCACACAUGCAGGUCAUGUGAGUCCGAGUGACAAGUCAGAUUACAAAGACCUCUUUCAGACAAAUGUUUUUGAUGAAGAAGAAUUAGACACCAAUGUUCUAUCAUCGUCUGUAGAUGACAAGCCGCGUUUAAUUCGAUCAUCUUCGUCAAGUGGGGUGACAGUCAAUCCAUACCAUUUUAGCGCAUCACAAGCUCAGUUGCUUGGAAAACACCUGACCCACAUGCACCUGCCUGGACUGUCGGGCCAGGAUCAGAUGUACCUAUUGGCACUGGCAGACACAGUGGCUCAAACUAAAACAGACUUUGCUGAGAGUUUUGAACCUUCAAGUUCCCUGCAACAGGAUGGUACCCACACAGCAGACACUCUGGACGACUGUGGUCUGAGAUUUUUGUUGGCAAUGAGACACUACCAUUAUCUGAUGAGGUCUUUACCUCCAGUACAGAGAGUGCAGCUACAUAAACAAGGAUUAAAGACUUUCAACUUAGUCUGGGCUUUCCAUUCCGAGGCCACUGAGGAGUUAUUGUCCUUAAUCCCAACUAGCCCUGGAUCUGGAUUGACCUGGGUUGAUCUAAGAACAUAUGGUGCUGGUUGGUGGAUCCAAAAUAUUAAUGUCCUGAAAAGAACUACAGAAAAAUUAGCAAAAGAUGCUUUUCAAAAGAAAAAAGAUCCGAUGGAUGCAGCUCUUUUUUACCUGGCAAUGAAAAAGAAAAAUGUCCUGUGGGGAUUAUUCAGAUCAAUUGACAAUAAGAAGAUGGCAGACUUCUUCAGGAAUGAUUUUAGUCAGGACCGAUGGCGUAAGGCAGCAUUAAAGAAUGCGUUUGACUUGCUUGGGAAACAAAGGUUUGAACACGCAGCUGGAUUUUUUCUGCUGGGAGGAUCUCUAAGUGAUGCCGUAGAGGUGAUUUUGGACAAGCUGCACGACAUUCAGCUAGCACUUGUUGUAUGUCGAUUGUAUGAUGGAGAGGACAUGAUGAGUGACCCUGUCAAGAAGAUUUUACAAACAAACAUCCUGGGAAAGGAAGAUGCCACACAAACAAACAAUGUCAAGAUGCACCCAGAUCCUUUUCUAAGAAGCAUGACUUACUGGCUGUUUAAAGACUACAGGAAUGCUUUGCAGACCUUAUUACAAAAUGAGUCGGGAAAAGCUCUAAAUGGCACUACAGACUCAGAAACAUUUUCAAUUUCCAAUGUGUUCAAUUUCUACAACUAUCUCCGUACACAUCCACUUCUUAUCCGUCACAAAAUCGCCACAGUAGCACCAGUUCUGAAGAAUAAAAGUCUUAUAAGUGGAUUUACAAAGCAACAGAACAUAGUUGGAAGUCCCGAAGAUGAAGUUGCGACAGUUGUAGAUAGAGUUACGCCAAUGGAGAGAAGACUUUUCUUUGCAACAGCGCAUUCUCAUUACAAAAAUGGAAAUCCAAUUUUAGCACUAGAAGUCCUGUCCAAACUGCCAGUUGUAACAUUGUCAGAGGAAGAAUAUGACCUGGACACACUAGUAUCGAAAAGCGGAAGUGAUUUGUGUAUAAAUACAGGAAAUCUGUCGGAUGUUAGUGACUCUUCUCUCCAAAAUGGUGGCGAGUCGGAAAAAAUGAAAAAUGGCAGUACAGCUGACUGGAGUAAACCACUGUCGACAACACAGAAGGCAGAAGAGUUUGAUUGGAGUCAGCCAACAUCAAGUAAAGUUAACACAACAGCUGAUUCUCUAGAUUGGAGUCAACCCCUCCCGCGAUUUGAGGAGGAAGAUGAACUGAAAUUAGAUUUUGGCUUGUCAGAAAGUGAAGAAAGCGAUUCUGACGAUACAAAAGAUAAAACCUAUGACAAUAAACAAGAUGCCGAUGCUAUUCCAAGCAUUGUUGUAGGAGAUGUUGACAGUGCAGAAACCCCAAGUACCCUUAAAUGUCCAAUUGAGCGAAAGAAUCGGCAGCAAGAAUUGGACAUUUUUGCACAGCAGUACAAAUUCAUUGCAUGCUUGAAAGUGAUGAUGGAGGAGAUGCAGACAUUAGCCACUGGAUUUGAGGUGGACGGUGGUCAGUUGAGAUACCAGGUUUACAUCUGGUUGGAGAGGGAAGUUGAAGCUUUACGGCUGCUCUGUAAUUACGGUCAUGAAGACGACCUCGCAGACGAUGAACGGACUAUUGUCAAUGAAGGUGGCUAUGAGAAUGAUGAUCUAAGGAAUGAGUCUCCGCAGCCGUUCGUCCGCAAAGGAUCAGCACGAUCAGACACUUCCCUGAACAAACCAACAUUACACGAAGUCUUAAUAGCAGAAAAGAUGGACCUUGAUGCCAAAAUGGAAAGAAUGGGUCAACGUAAGCAAUGGUUGCGACAGAAUUCACAGUUGUUACGCACUUUGGUAGCAUACUGUGUACUUCAAGGUGCGGCUGGUGGCGGGAUUGCAUCAGUGCAGAUGGAAUUGUUACUGUUGUUGCAAGAACUUCAGCAGGAGAAACCACAGCAACAGCUGUUGUCACCGCUGCCAUUCCCGACAACAUUACCUUUGCUCUCGGCAGCUAUAGCUAGUUCAAAAACUGUAACGGCAGAUCCAAUACAACAUAUACAAUGUUUGUCUCAAGAUCUGUUACAUUCUGUGAUAGAGUUCACGUCCCCUCCAGGUCUCGGCAGCCCGCUACACACUGUGUUAGUGAUGAGGAAUCUAAGUGUGGCCCUUGCCUCCUGUGUCUACCAGUGUCUGUGCGACAGUGAUAGCUUUGUAGUGUCUCUCAGUGAAAACGUGGAUGUAGGAUUUGAGGGGUUUUAUAAUGGUGCCAAUUUUGUCUGUGAUGCUAGUCAUUUGAUGUCUGGGGUAAGAAGGAUGAGGUACAAGUCAAUUACUUCAGCUGAUGAUAUGGUCAAUACCCAACCCUCUAAAUGGCCAGGUGUGACAUCACUGCGUGUUCUGCUGGCUCGAGAGAAAGACGAGGAUUCUCCCAAGUUGAAUAUUUUACUGACAGAGUGUCUGUUUGCCGUGUAUGUCAGCCUUGUAAUCAAUGCACUCGCAACAUACGACUGCUUCCUUCUGUAUCGACUUACAGCACAUCAGUUUGAUACGAAGCUAUGGUCUUCCUUGUUUGGGGGCGGAGUUAAGACAGUGAUCAAACUAGGCAGCACAUCUCCACGACUCGGAAAAAAGUCAGAUGACAUGUACAACAAGAGAUUACAGUUGAACAGGAAAAUCAUGGGGCAGCAGAGAACAGAUAGCAGGAAAACUUUCAAGGAGAAAUUUGUCCCUCCAGAGUUGAGCAUGAUCACAUUUUUCAUGACAAAACCUUUCGUGGAUGCGAAUUCGGACACAGAGUUUGGAUAUAACUCAGAUGAUUCCAUGUCAUCAGAGGAGGAACAGGAUAGUGAUGAAGAUUAUGAAGAGGAGUUGAACAGGCCAAGAACAUUAAAUCUUCCAAAUGUACAGCAGCAUUCUGAUCCCAGCUCCUACGCAUGGUCUAUAAUUAGAUACACAGCUGUGAAACUAAUUUUGCACAAUCUGUCUUCUUUCCUGCCACAAAUUGGCAUAGAACUUCAAGAGUUACCUGUGUGUUCACCAUUGCUUCAUGCGUUAUUGCGAACGUUAGAACAGUGGCAGGAAGUGUUGCUUGGGAAACUAGAAUUGUUUGCCGCUGCCCCUGACAACUUCAUUCCAGGUGUGGAAGUUGAGGUCAUCCCUGGAGUUCCAAAAACAAAAUACAGAGCACUGCUGAACAAAAGCAACAGCCCAUUUAUUGACAGUCCAGCCACUCUGCCAAUAAAAAGGCUUUGGUUCCAUUUGUUGCGUCAGGAUAAGCUACGUGAUAUAUUUGUACGCUAUGUGUUCAAAAAACAGAAACUGCUAGAUCAGAGUGAAAGAGAGGAUUCCUCUAUGGAUGGACUUGACUCGCCAAAGGUUCCGGAGCCUUUCAAAAUAAUUCAUAAAGAGCAAGAUAUCAUAACAGCAUUUGCUAUUAACCAGAAUGAAAAUCUGCUUAACACACAGGCCAAUGCAAGUUGUUUAACGUUAUCCACACAGAAGGAGUUGAUAGAGCUUGACAUACAUAACCUGUUGAAUCCACCGUCAUGGCUCGAUGAUGAAAAUGAGAUGGACAUAGAGUCAUUUAACAAUCCAUCCCCGGUUAACCCAACAGAAAAUGUGGACUUCCUUGUGGUACAGACCCCAGCAGAUACAACUUUACACGCUGGUAGUGGUUCAAACACCCCGCUGACCAACCAUUCAUCAGCAGCUUCAACUCCAAGUGUACACCUGGCUCCCGGCCAGAUAGCUCUAGCACAGACUGGCAGAGGAACCACUGUGGUUUCAAGACGUCCCAUAUCUGGUGUACGCAGAAUCAGCUCGCAUCCUUCUUUACCCCAUUAUUUGACAGGCAACUCAGAUGGCUCUGUGAGGUUAUGGGAAUGGGGUCAUUCCCAGCCCCUGGCUAUGUUAAGAGCACCUGGGACAUUUCCAAAAGUCACCAAAGUUCUCUUCAACUCUCAUGGAAAUAAGUGUAGUGUGAGUGACAGUGAAGGUAACUUGUGUCUUUGGCAAGUAGGUCCUGGUAUCAACUUCAACAAACCUAUCAUGAGUGUACAGUGUCACAAUAAGACAACUAGCGACUUUGUGUUCGUUGGUUCAUCAAGUUUAAUUGCAACAGCGGGAAACUCGUCAGAAAGUAGGAAUGUUUGUCUCUGGGAUACUCUUCUACCUCCAAGGAGUGCAUGUGUCCAUGCAUUUAUGUGUCAUGAACAUGGAAGCCCAGCCUUGGUAUAUGCACCACAUCAUCAGUUGUUGAUUAGUGGAGGUAGAAAAGGUGAAAUCUGUAUAUUUGAUAUUCGUCAACGUCAAAUGAGACAUACAUUCCAAGCACAUGAAUCAAUAAUUCGUUGUCUAGCAAUGGACCCUGAGGAGGAGUACUUUGUCACAGGAUCAGCAGAUGGAGAUGUAAAGGUUUGGGGACUUGACGUUCAUCAAUUGAUUGUAGCAUUCCAAGGUGAACAUACGAGAAGUAAUACGUUCUUCAGAAGUGUGGGAUCGGCAACUGGCGUCACUCAAGUAGCUAUAGGACCGAAACAUCACUUGUUUUCCUGUGGUGUUGAUGGAUCGAUGAAAUUUCGAGCUCUGCCAGAAAGGGACACUAUAGUUAGAUACUGGAACAGUUAGAAAUUCUUAGAAAAGGAAAUUGAGGGCCAGAUGUUAAACUGUUCUACCUGGGUAAUACCUAGGUACUUGUGUUCACAUAGAGUAGUUUUGCUUCAAAUUUUUCAAAUAUAAAUUGAUAUUGUACAGCAAUAGCCACUGUGUGAUAUAUGUGUUUUUAUCAGAUAAACUACUGAUCUAUUUAUAGUGAAACUGUUUGUUAGACUACAUGUAUAUGGUUAUAUCAUGUUAUUUUACAUUUAUUGAAAAUAUAAGAUGGAUAUUAAAGAUAUAAUACUGAGCUGUAGAUAUUGUACUUAGCAAAGAUUAGUCAUAGAUAGUAGAACACAUGUAACUAAACCUUCAAGCUUCCAGUAAUGACAGAUUGCUAAAUUGUCUGGUGGUGCUGUUUAAACUUAAUGUAGCACCACAUGAGAUUCCAGUCCGCAGCCUACAUGCUAAGAAAGCCGUGUCCCUACAUGGCUGUGGAGAUAUUUUAAUAACAUGUUGACUUGUAAGCUGUUAUUUAUCAUGUUAAAAAAAUUUGACCCAAGUCAUCAAACCUGAUAGGAUUGUUAUUCAGCAUUUCAAGUUGUACACCUGGGGUUUUGUUUAGGAUUUCUCUCAGUAAGACCAGAGAUAUGUUAUUUGACUUAGUACAAAAUAUGCAUGAAGGGCCUGAAAGUAUUGCAUAUAUUAUAUAUUGGACUUUCAUCAUGGCCUGACAGUUUAUUUUCACUAGAUGUAAAUUUAAGGGAAAAUCUGUACUGGUACUGAUGAUAAACCCGGACAGAAAUGAGUUUUUUUUACCUGUAACUUUUUUUAUUUCUGCAACUUUUUAUUAAAAUAAUGCUUAGCUCUUACUGAAUAAUUGACCUAAUUAUGUCUCCCCCAGGAGACAUAUUGUUUUUGCCUUGUCCGUCCGUCCGGACGUCCGUAUGUCACACUUCAUUUCCGAGCAAUAACUGGAGAACCAUUUGACCUAGAACCUUCAAACUUCAUAGGGUUGUAGGGCUGCUGGAGUAGACGACCCCUAUUGUUUUUGGGGUCACUCCGAUCAAUAACUAGAGAACCACUUGACCCAGAAUGUUGAAACUUCAUAGGAUGAUUGGUCAUGAAGAGUAGAUGACCCCUAUUGAUUUUAGGGUCACUCCGUCAAAGGUCAAGGUCACAGGGGCCUGAACAUUGAAAACCAUUUCCAAUCAAUAACUAGAGAACCACUUGACCCAGAACGUUGAAACUUCAUAGGAUGAUUGAUCAUGAAGAGUAGAUGACCCUUAUUGAUUUUGGGGUCACUCCUUCAAAGGUCAAUGUCACAGGGGCCUGAACAUUGAAAACCAUUUCUGAUCAAUAACUAGAGAACCACUUGACCCAGAAUGUUGAAACUUCAUAGGAUGAUUGUACAUGCAAAGUAGAUGACCCCUGUCUAUUUUGGGAUCACUCCAAUAAAGGUCAAGCUCACAGGAGCCUGAACAUUGAAAACCAUUUCCGGUCAGUAACUUGAGAACCACUUGACCCAGAAUGUUGAAACUUAAUAGGAUGAUUGGUCAUAAAGAGUAGAUGACCCCUAAUGAUUUUGGGGUCAAUCUGUGAAAGGUCAAGGUCACAAGGGCCCGGACAUUGAAAACCAUUUCCGCUCAGUAACUUGAGAACCACUUUACCCAGAAUGAUGAAACUUCGUAGGAUGAUUGGUCAUGCAGAGUAGAUGAACCCUAACAAUUUUAGGGUCACUCUGUUAAAGGUCAAGGCCACAGGGGCCUGAACAUGGAAAACCAUUUCCAAUCAGUAACUUGAGAACCUCUCGACCCAGAAUGUUGAAACUUCAUAGGAUGAUUGUUCAUGCAGAGUAAAUGACCCUUAUUGUUUUUGGGGUCACUCCAUUAAAGGUCAAGGUCACAGGGGCCUGAACAUUGAUAACCAGUUCCGAUCAAUAACUUGAGAACCACUUGACCCAGAAUGUUGAAACUUCAUAGGAUGAUUGAACAUGCAGAGUAGAUGACCCCUAUUGAUUUUGGGGUCAGUCUAUUAAAGGUCAAGGUCACAGUGGCCUGUUCAUGUAAAAUCAUUUUUUGGAAAUAACUUGAGAACCACUUGACCUACAAUGUUGAAACGUAAUAGGAUGAUUGGACAUGCAGAGUAGAUGACCCCUAUUUAUUUUGAGGUCACUUGAUCAAAGGUCAAGGUCACAGGAGCCUGAACAGUGACUUGAGAACCACUAGGCCACGAGUGUUGAAAUUUAGCGGGAUGACUGGACAUGCCAAGUAGAUGAUCCCUAUCAGGGCUCCGGAAAUUUGCCGGUUUGUCGGUUUUGGACCGAUUUUUGACUUUUCAGACCGAUUCCUGGAGUGAAAAAAUCAAAAAAAUCGGUCCCGUAAAAAUGAAUUUUUUUUAUAAAUUACGGUCUGAAAUCUCAAUACACGAUGACCGGCCAAGCAGGAAACUGUUGGUCGCACCCUCAGAUAAUCAAUAAACGUGUCAAACGGUCUGAUUGUCACCUUGAUAAUCGGUCCGUAAUUAGCGCGUGACGCAAUCAGUGCUCGCGCGGCACAUCCUUUAAUGUUUGCAGACAGCCGACUGCAAUGUAUUAAACAUUUUUGACUGGUUUCCAAUUGUUUCUGACUGGAUCCAAAUGGUUUCGACUGGGAUCCACUUCUUUUUAGAAUCCGACGGAUGUCUUUUUUCUCAAAAGGCUACAUGUUUGAUCACGGGUAAAAAACAAAUGGUCACUGCAUUUAAUGAGACAUCACACGGGAAACCGAUAUAAAUAAUUUUUAUAAUUACUUGAUUUCUAAAAAUUACAUAAUUCAUUUGUUGGGACUCCAGUUGAAACAAGUACAGAAAAUCGUCUUUGCAACCCGACUGUACAUAAAAAAACAAGAGCACCGCCUUGCGGGUGCUGACGCUCAUCUGAUUUUUUUUUGUGUAAUAGAAAUAUUGUCCUACCCAUGAUUUUCUAAGUCUAAAAAGGGGCAUCAUUCUUGCAAAAAGCAGGAUAGAGUUAUGUUUCUUGAUGUUCAGUGUCCACAUAUGAUG